CCGGCCUUUUUUGUCUUUCUAAAUAUAACUAUUUGCCGUGCAUGCUGUCUGCUGAAGGAUUCCAAUCUACUAGUCACAGGUUCUAGUGCUGAUCUAUGCAAUCCUGUCCACAGUUAUGUGGUUUAUAUUCUAAACUUGCAUUAUAUAUCAUUCAUACAUACACAACCAUCAUACUAACCAGGCUUUCAUAUGGCUUUAGAGCAAAACCAGCUUCACUUUCUUGUCAUACCCAUGGCCGCUCCAGGCCACUAUAUUCCCACCAUUGACUUGGCCAAAUUACUAGCUCAACACGGUGUCCGAGUCACCAUGGUCACCACCCCCGUCAACGCCCUCAGAUUCGGGUCAAUCCUCGAUCAAGAAAUCCAAUCAGGUCUUCCCAUCUGUUUUCUCGAAUUCCCUUUCUCAUAUAAGGAGUUUGGCUUACCCGAAGGUUGCGAAAGCGUAGAUGAUCUUCCUAAUAUGGAAAUGACAAGGGCGCUUAUGCAAGCCUAUAGUUCACUACAAACAAAGGUUGAACAAUAUAUCGAAAAUCUUGUUCCAAGACCAAACUGCAUAUUAGCCGACACGUUUCUCCUAUGGCCAGGUGAGACUGCGAAAAAGUUUAAGAUUCCAAGAAUUAUUUUUGAUGGAAUGAAUUGCUUCACACAGAUGUGUAACCAUGUUUUACACGUCUCAAAGGUAUAUGAAAGUGUGGGAGAGUCGGAUUCGGAAUCAUUUGUUUUGCCUGGUCUGCCUGAUUGUAUCGAACUAAAAAGAACCCAACUUCCUUUUUCAUUCGAUCCGAGGCUUAAAGGUAUUAGUGAUUUUAAUGAAAAGCUUCGGGUAUCUGAAUCCAAAGCCUAUGGGGUGGUUGUCAACAGUUUUGAGGAGUUGGAGCAAAAAUAUGUUGAUGAAUAUCAGAAAGUGAAAGGAGAUAAUGUUUGGUGCAUAGGGCCAUUAUCAUUAUGCCACAAAUAUGAAUCAGAGAAGUUUCAGAGAGGUAACAAAUCAUCAGUUGGCAAAAAUGACUGUCUCAAGUGGCUAGAUUCUCAAGAAAAUGGUUCGGUGAUCUAUGCGUGUCUAGGAAGCGUAAGUCGGGUUGAGCCUACACAACUCAUAGAGCUUGCUCUAGCUCUAGAAUCAUCGAAAAGACCAUUCAUUUGGGUAGUUCGAGCUGGUCAUAAGACCGAGAACAUAGAAAAAUGGAUAGAGGAACAAGAGUUUGAAAAGAGAACCAAAGAUAGAGCUCUAUUGAUCCAUGGGUGGGCUCCACAACUGCUGGUGUUAUCCCACCCUGCGAUUGGAGGAUUUUUGACACAUUGUGGGUGGAAUUCGACUCUAGAAGGGGUUUGUGCUGGUGUCCCUAUGGUAACAUGGCCUCAGUUUCAAGAGCAAUUCUACAAUGAGAAGUUAGUGGUACAAGUGUUGAGAACUGGAGUUAGUGUGGGUGCUCAAAAAACUUCAGCGUUCUGGCUUGUUGAAGAUGAGUCUGGAGAGUUGGUAAGGAGUGACGCAUUUCAUAACGCUAUAGAGAUGGUAAUGGAAGAAGGGAAGGAAGGAGAAGAUAGAAGAAAGCGAGCGAAAGAACUCCGAAAGAUGGCAAAUAAAGCAAUAGAAGAGGGAGGAUCUUCCCAUCGAAAUAUGACUCGCCUAAUCGAAGCUAUCAAGAACCAAGAAAGAACUAUGAAACUAAGCUAAGAAGAUAAAUACUGAGUCCCCAAGAUUUGAGUUUGUUAUACUCAAAUCCCCUAGAUUUGAGUUUGUUAUACUCAAAUCCCCUAGAUUUGAGUUUGUUCUUUUUAUGAUCUAUUUUAUUAAUCCCAUCAAAAUUAAGCCAUUUCUUGUUUC